AUGAUCCCAAUAGAACCGAAAGGGAAGCCCCUUGGGCCAACAAUAACAAUAGUGACGAUUGAGCCGAGAUCAAAGCCCGAGACCACGACCAAGUCAAAGGCAAAGAGCAAUACCAACCCGGAGACAAAGACAAAAUCGGAUACAAAGAGCAAAAUAAAACUGGAAACAAAAACCAAGGCAAAACCGGAGGCAAAGAGCAAGUCGGACACGAAAACGAAGAGCAACUCAGAGAUAAAGAGCAGGCCAAAGACAGAAACAAAGGCCAAGUCGGCCACAGAAACGAAAAGGAAGCCGGAGACGAAGAACAAACCCGAAACAAAAGCAAAGCCAGAAACGAAGGCAAAAGUCGAGCCGAAGAAAAAGACCAACCCAAAGACAAGGACAGUGAUCAACCUGGGAACGGCAACGAAGAUCCUGCUGGGAUAA